UUAAAAAAAAAAAAAAAAUGGGGGGGGGGUCCAUUUUGUUGCGUGUGCACCUCUUGCAAUAGAUUCGAGUCAGCGCCAAUGACAGCUCUGCAGUCCUCCUCUGUGGUACUGAUCAGGUGGUUGCAGAGCUUCAGCUCCCAGCAACACAAUGCAGCUGAGCAGGCAAGCACAGCCCACAGCCAGAAGCGGUUCCCACUCUCCAGAACAAGGCGACCUUUAAGCUUAAGUUUCCCGGAGAAAAUGAGAUGCUGCUGCUGAAGACGACACUAUGGCUUUGAUGGAAUAUCAGAUACUGAAAAUGUCUCCCAGCUUGUUCAUCCUUCUGUUUCUCACACCUGGUAUUUUAUGCAGUUGUCCUCUCCAAUGUAUAUGCACAGAGAGGCACAGGCAUGUGGACUGUUCAGGCAGAAACUUGACUACAUUACCAUCUGGACUGCAAGAGAAUAUUAUCCAUUUAAAUCUGUCUUAUAACCAUUUUACUGAUCUUCAUAACCAGUUAACCCAAUACACCAAUCUGAGGACCCUGGACAUUUCAAACAACAGGCUCGAAAGCCUGCCUGCUCAGUUACCUCGGUCCCUCUGGAACAUGUCUGCAGCUAACAACAACAUUAAACUGCUUGACAAAUCUGAUACUGCUUAUCAGUGGAACCUUAAAUUUCUGGAUGUUUCUAAGAAUAUGCUGGAAAAGGUUGUCCUCAUUAAAAAUACACUAAGAAGUCUUGAGGUUCUCAACCUCAGUAGUAACAAACUUUGGACAGUUCCAACCAAUAUGCCCUCCAAACUACAUAUCGUGGACCUGUCUAACAAUUCCUUGACACAAAUCCUUCCAGGAACAUUAAUAAACCUGACCAAUCUCACACAUCUUUACCUGCACAAUAAUAAGUUCACAUUCAUUCCAGAUCAAGCUUUUGACCAACUCUUUCAGUUGCAAGAGAUAACCCUUUACAAUAACAGGUGGUUGUGUGACCACAAACAAAACAUUACUUACUUACUGAAGUGGAUGAUGGAAACAAAAGCCCAUGUGAUAGGGACUCCCUGUUCUAGCCAAAUAUCAUCUCUGAAGGAACAUAACAUAUAUCCCACACCUCCUGGAUUUACCUCAAGCUUGUUCACUGUAAGUGGGAUGCAGACAGUGGACACCAUUAACUCUCUGAGUAUGGUUACUCAACCCAAAGUGACCAAAACACCCAAACAAUAUCGAACAAAGGAAACAACGUUUGGUGCCACUCUAAGCAAAGACACCACCUUUGCUAGCACUGACAAGGCUUUUGUGCCCUACCCAGAAGAGACAUCCAUAGAAACCAUCAGUUCACAUGAAGCAGCAGCUGCAACUCUAACUAUUCAUCUCCAAGAUGGAAUGGUUACAAACACAAGCCUCCCUAGCUCAACAAAAUCAUCCCCAACACCCAUGACCCUAAGCAUUACUAGUGGCAUGCCAAAUAAUUUCUCUGAAAUGCCUCAACAAAGCACAACCCUUAACUUACGGAGGGAAGAGACAACCACAAAUGUAAAGACUCGCUUACCUUCUGUGGCAAGUGCUUGGAAAGUAAAUGCUUCAUUUCUCUUAAUGCUCAAUGCUGUGGUCAUGCUGGCUGUUUGAGGGUCUGCAUUUUUUUUUGAAACUAACAAAAAAACUCUUCCCUGAUGUACAGUUGGGAAAAUAUGCCCCUAUCUAACCAGUGAUUCAAGCUAUAUAAGUAUUCAAGAAAGCCAGUCUUACAUUUCUGACUCUGAUGUAAUGAAGUAACUUGUCUUAAAUAAAAGAAGUGCACAAUGUCUUGGUACUCGCUGCUAUUUUACUGUCUUAAUUAAGUAAAACUAAUGAGUUUCCUUCUUUUUAAUGAAAUGUUUUCUUUUUAAGGCUUCAAUUUAUUGCACAAGAUAUAAAGCAUCUAAACUUUAAUAUGUAUUUUAUGUAUGUUUACACUGUCAAACAUCUGGGAAAAAAAAUAAAAGGUCUAUGCUCAUAACUGUGUCAUUUGGCUUUCUAGUCAUACCAACUUAAUCUAUUGAGUAGAGUCAAAAUGACCUAACCAUUUCUGUUCUGGGGUACCCUGGUAAAGUCUUUAUGGUAAAUGACAUGUUGGAGGUAUCCAAGGAUUUUGUCACUGAAGUAUAACCGUGGUUGCCCCCGCCAUGAAUGGUUAUGC